ACGAAAGUGAAACAGUGGAUGCAGUGAAAGAAUAGGACGACGCGUUUCAUACCCAAACAGUCUUCGCAUGAGGGGAGAAACGAUGGAUGAAUAUCCUUAUCCCAUCACUGUAGACGUCAGUUGGACAAACUCGGUCUCUAAAGGGAUACAGAACAAGCUUCAGAUUUAUUUUCAAAGUAAAAAGAAGUCGAGUGGAGGGGACUGCUUGGUGCACUACGAGGAUAAACGCUCCACUAGAGCAACUGUUUAUUUCAAAUCUGAGGAUGUCAGGGAAAGGGUUCUAUCGAGAGAGAACCAUGAAAUGACUGUAGACAAUGAAACUGUGACGUUGCGCUUGUCAUCGUCAUCGGGGGAAAAUCUGAAAGAGGCUUGCUCUCCGUCGCUUGGUGCUACAAGCAAUGAAUUGUCAGGUGUGUCAAGUGAAGCACAGGAAGCUCCCAACUCUGAGAGUUUGCCUGGAGAGGAGGGUGGAGCUGAGGUGUCUCCUCAGAGCUCUGCUGUGGUGCUGGAGAGAGUUCCUGAGAGCAUGUCGAGAGACUUGCUGUUGUUGCUGGUGGAGACCAUCUCUGGCCUGGAGGAAGACAACUUCUCCCUGGAGGUCAUCAGUGAGACAAACAGAGCUGUUGUGACCUUCAAUAAUCCCAAUGAUGUGGAGCGUUUCCUUACUGAGAGCAAAAGCAACAAGAGUUUCCAGAAGCAGGGUUUGAUUGGCCGGUUGCUAGAGAGGUGCCAGAGUGUGAGAGUGGAGAACCUGACCUCCAACAUACCUGAAGAUAUGCUGGAGCUCUACUUUGAGAAGUGGGCUGGCCCAGCAAAGGACAUCUUUAUGUUCCAUGAGGAACAGGCAGCCAUUGUCACCUUCCACGCAGCAGAAGGUAAAACCUGCUGUUUGAAUGAGCUGUUUAAUUAA